AUGGUCAAGCAAAGCACCUCUCAGACGACGAAGAUCUGCGCAGCUGAGCGAUGCAGGCUGACCUCUCAACAUCUCUCGGUGACGAGAGACAAUGGCCCGGAGCGUGUGGCGGAGGCCCCUGCCGUGCGUGAAUGGAUGUGGGAUGGCAAGGUCAAGGCUCAAGGUCCAAGCUCGGUCGGAGCCUCGUACCGUUCAAAUGAGCCGGAACGAGGUGAUUGUUGGGGCACGCAAGAGGCUGGCGAAAGCACUGCUGGCACCGAAGCAAGGUCGCAGCGGAAGGAAAGCCAAGCUGAGGUUGUGGUCGCGGGACCGAGCGCUCGGUCGCCAGUAAGAUCAUUGAUUCUUUCAUCCUCGCCGCAUUUCACGAGGCCUCUGAGCAUGUCAUCGACCGGCGGGCGUGUCGAUGGCUGGACGAUGGCAGAGCCGGCACGCUCCGGAGCAGCUCUCGUUCGCGCGUGUUGGAUGUCAUUCCUGGCCCCCGCGCGUGUCAAGCCCGCUGCUCUACCAGGCCUGUCGCGGCGGGUUCACAAGGUUGCGAGUCGAAGUGGUGAUGGACAUCUCGACGCGACCCUGCAAGCUGUCGAGGGCAUUGAGAGAGAGUCGAAGGAUCGGUGA